AUGGUGAUAGCCCAACUUGAGAAACAAGACAUCGAACAAAUUGCGGACCUGUUGUACAACCCACCAGCAGUCGACCAGUAUAAUUCACUGAAGGAUCGGCUGAUCUCCGCAUACGAAGAAUCCGACAGUCGACAGCUACAAAAACUUCUAUCAGAAAUAGAACUUGGAGACCAGAAACCCACACAACUCCUACGCAAAAUGCGUACUUUGGCGCGAGAUAAAGUUCCGGAUUCAACACUACGGCUAAUGUGGGUAAACCACCUACCACCACAUAUUCGAUCGGUAAUAGCAGUCAGCGAAACAUUCAGCACGCAGACGAAGCUCGACGAACUGGCACUCCUGGCGGACAAGAUGAUCGAAAACAGCAGUAGCUCACACAUAUCGAUCAUCGAAGGCACUUCAACAAAGGCCAAUGAUACCCAGUUUCUUCUCGAAGAAAUUCGGAAGCUAUCAUUCGAAGUCGCCGCGCUCAAAGCUUCCCAGCAUCAUACCUUUUACCAGCAACACCUUUUUUUGUCUCCGGAUCAUGUAUUGCAAGGAGGAUAUUUUCAUGAAACUCUUCGAAAAUUACAAGAACCUAACACUAGUAUACAACCGCAUAAUAUUAUGUAUCCAGUGUUUUUGCUAGAAAAUGAGGAUGGCUUUCAGUCAGUUUCGAGCAUGCCAAAUGUCUACAGGUACGGCAUUAACAAAUUGAUACCUGCCCUCACAGAGCUGGUUGAUAAAGGAUUAAAGGCGAUUCUUAUAUUUGGAGUGGUGGAAACAUUGGAGAAGGAUGCAAUAGGCACAAAUGCUGACUCACCACAAAACCCAGUUAUAAAAGCAUUGCCCAAAUUAAGGGCUGCGCUACCAAACCUGGUCCUGGCCGCUGAUGUAUGCUUGUGCCCAUAUACUUCCCAUGGCCAUUGUGGUUUGCUGACGCCAAAUGGUGCUAUUGACCAUGCUGAAUCAGUUAAGAGGAUAGCAGAGGUUGCCUUAGCCUAUGCUAAAGCAGGUGCUCAUAUAGUGGCUCCUUCAGAUAUGAUGGACAACAGAAUUAAAGCCAUUAAGGACGCUCUAGUCGAAAACAAACUUCAGAACCAGGUUUCGGUGCUAUCGUAUUCGUGCAAGUUCGCAUCGUCCAUGUACGGCCCGUUCCGUGACACGAUGAAAAGCUCCCCGAUGGCCGGCGACCGCAAGUGCUACCAGCUGCCGCCCGGCAGCGCCGGACUAGCCAUGAGGGCCGCUUGCCGGGACGUCGCGGAAGGCGCGGACUUUUUGAUGGUGAAGCCCGGUCUGCCGUAUUUGGACAUCGUCCGCCAGACCAAGGACAAGUUCCCGCAGCAUCCACUCUUCAUCUAUCAGGUUUCCGGUGAAUAUACGAUGAUAUGCCGCUGCGGUGACGCCAAGGAGGUGGAGACAACUCUUAUGGAAACUCUCACCUGCAUGAGACGAGCCGGAGCGGAUUGUAUAAUAACAUAUUUCGCGCCAUUAAUUUUAAGCAUAAUAUCAAAUAAACAAUGA